AUGCUCGCCGGUGAAAUGGCGCAAAAUUUUUACAAUAUUUCGGUAUAUUUCGGUGUUAACGAUGUCCAACGUAAUCCAAAUUUAUGCGCAGAUGAUCUCAAUAGGGUAUACAGAACUGUAUUAACAACCGAGAAGCCAAUAAAAUGGACUCUCGGAGAAAAUGGUCUUCGGGCUGAGCUCUUCAAAUAUUGUCCAUCAUCGUUCAUAACUCACCUUCAACAAAUGUACUCUCUGGUAUGGCAAAAGGAAAUAAUACCAGAAGACUGGAGUAAUUCUGUUUCCAAGAAAGGUGACACAGGACGUAGUGCGAAAAUCACGAAGGAAUCAGUCUACUAG